AUGCAUGGGCCGCACAAGUUUGACUUGACAAAGUACAAAAACAUUACGGAGUGGAUGAACAAGUGCCAAGCAGAGAUGAAAGACUACGACGAGAUUAUGGAGACUGGCGCCCAGCUGUGGUUCGACGACUUGUUUGCCGUCAUUGCGGAAGGCAAAGAAAUCAAGACUUAUAAGAAUACAUCGACAAUCAUCAUGGGAAUCACGUUGUAUUACAUGUCUCCGAGUCCACCUAGCAGAGCGGUAGAUUUUCUCAUCAAAGAGCUGGAAUUGGACGCUGAAUUGAAGCAAGUCAAUCUGUUGGAAAAAGAUCAAUUGAAACCGGAGUUCUUGGCUCUGAACCCGACUCACACAAUUCCGACCUUGGAUGACAACGGAUUUGUUGUUUGGGACAGUCACGCCAUUCUGCAAUAUUUGGCAUCGAAAUACGGAAAAGACAGCACUUUGUACCCGAAGGAUCCUGAGAAUCAGGCCACUGUGAACAACAGAUUGUUUUUCAAUGCGACAACUUUUUUCCCGAGAAUGCGAGAUUACGCUGCUCCGGUUUUCUGGGGAAGAUCGGAUACGUUUUCAGCUGACCAAAGAAAGCUGGUCCAAGAAUCUUUGAAAUGGCUGGAUGGAUUCAUUGAAAGCAGUGGGGGCUUUGUGGCUGGUCCGACGUUGACAAUCGCGGAUUUUGCCGUUGCUGCAUCGAUUUCCAGCGUUGAUGUGAGUAUGGACCAGAUGUUGUGA